AAAGGUGGCAUCCAUUGUGUGAUGAUGCUGAGGCCGAAUGCUCCUGCCCGCAUGAGAUCCAGCACAGACCUCUCGGCUAAACCUGAUUGCUUUGGGUGUUCUUUAGCUUCAGCGCUCAUUGCAGCACCCUUCACCAACAACCCCGGCUAGCGAUCACUUACAUCCUUCCAGACCUCUCUAUUGUUGGAAUACAUAUUUAGCUGACACCCAGCCCCCGGUCUUACGGGCCGCUCGGCACCUCGUCGAUGGAUCAUGGACUCCAUGGUCAAAGAAUGGACGGUAUUUCUUGACCGAUGCCUGAACCAGCGUGUGCAAGCCGAUGUAUUCGACGCUGCAACUGCACAGCUGCACCGGAGGUCGCCACUACCUGGAUGCAAGCUCGCUGGUCUUUUGCUGAAGCCGCGAUCUGCGACUGCAAGUAGUGUUGACCCUCGCGUGACCGUCUAUCUCGAGCGCCUGCUAGCCCUGAAGAAGGUUGACGCGUCAGAUGUCCUGUCUGCAACAUUCUACUAUUCCAAGGACCGACCACCAAAGUCUGGUGAGGAUGCGUCGGGGAAAGAGCCAAGAUGGAGCAGCUCGCCCGAGUUGGAGGAGGUUGUGUGCCAUCGACUUCACAAAGCCUUUGCUGCGGAGGAGCGCCCUUACAACAAUACAGAAGGACUGCAAACGCUGAUUGUCGUCACGAGAUGGAUGCAAGCUAUGGUCACUUCACAUACCAGCGAUACCAUGAUGCAGGCCAUGGCUGGUAUCUCACAGCAACCUCAACAAUCCAUCGCCGUUCGCGAAGCUUUAGGUGUACUCGUAGUCGGUCUCAUCGAGAACUCGAAGAUCCUGCUGAUAUUGAAUCACUCCACAGUCAAAGAUCUGCGCAAACGUUUAGCUCAAUCGCUGGCGUCGUUCAUCCCAUUCUUAUCACAUAAUUCCUUGGGUUCCCAAUCGUCGUUGGAGAUCGCCAAUAGGUUGGAGAUGUCCCAGAAACAACACGAACUCUACGAAAAGCCUGCAACCAUUGAGGGUAUGCCAACCGAAAGUGCAAAUCUUGAGGUGGCUGCAUUGCAGCUUGAGGCCGUAAUGGAUUUGCCGCUUGUAUCCACAAGAGCUGGACUCUUUGUAUAUCUUAAUUCAUUGCUUGUUGCUCGCCCGCUCACGGAUGAGUUUACGAUUAUCAACUAUCUACAUUCAAGAUACAAGAUCGACGCCCAAAACAUGGCUACAGAUCUCAUCACCGCUUCAUUCGAUAUUCUUGCCAAUGCAAUGUACCGUAGCGAACCCACGUCGACUAUGUUUUGCCUGAAGUCAUUUUUGAUCAACAAGGUCCCAGUACUGCUAUUGCAGCUUUCGGGUUCAAUCUUCCCAAUGACACCCGAGAUGUGCAUCACGCAAGCCCUCAGUCACGUCGACCUUAAUGCAUUCCCUGCAUUCUCGCAGGGGUUUGACGACAUUAUGGGUGGCAACACUUCGCUCUCCGAUGUUAGGCAAGACUUCUUGAACGCUUGUGCACUUCAUGGACACCUCACCACGAGUACCGUUGAGCGACUUCUUGGAGAAACGCCCAUACAAGGACCGCCCACUACGAGAUACGAGAAGAAAGCGCUGUUGGAUCAGUGCAAGAACAAUUUCGACAAAGUUAACGCUUACAUUGAUGAGAUGGAGAACCUUGACGGCAACGCUGGUGCUAUUGUUGGUGCUGUUACCGAGUUUAUUGCACAUCUCUGUGAGACUCAGGUUACAAUGUACCUGAAGCAGAUCUGUAACUUACUGUCGAAGAAGCCGCAGUGUCUGGAUGUCAUGCUGCAAUUCACCUCGCCUGCUAGCAUCCUGCGGCCGCUGUGUCAAUUUCUCGAUGACUGGCAUUACGACAAUGACCAAGGAGAAUAUCAACCCGUGUACGACGAGUUCGGGGCGAUACUUGUCCUGAUCAUGGCUUUCGUAUAUCGCUAUGACCUCACACACACCGACAUUGGAAUUGGGCAAGAGUCCUUCGUCGCUCGAUUGAUCGAGCGCGGCAAUCACAGUAUUCCGCCAGACGACCUGACAGAAGAUCAAGGUAAACACCUUGCGAGUUGGCUUAAAGGACUUUACGAUUCAGGGAACGAAGGUCUCAGCAACGAUGUGUUUGCAUCAUGUCGCCCGCAAGACUUCUAUUUGAUAGUGCCAACGUUCUUCAGUCAGACGGUCAUGGCAUGCUCGGCCGGCGUUCUGUCACACGAGACCGUGAAAGGCGGGCUAGAGUAUCUCGGCGAGACAUUCCUACUGCCUUCACUGAUUGGAGGCUUGAGCUGGAUGGUCAGCCAUGCCCUCAAACAAACACACAAUGACCUUGAUGCGAUGAUGAGAAUAUUUCACGAUACAAUUCUUACCGUACCCUCCUCUGGAGAUGCGCAGGCCAUGCAUUCCACAAUCAUUUCGAUGGUGUCGAGUCGUUUGGAGAAGUGCUUCCGCACAUUGCAGCGACGCGACCCAGCUCGAACCAACAUCGAGCCUCUACUGCAGGCUAUCAAAAGCAACGCACACUACGAUCGCUCGACAUAUGCCUCAAUCCGGGAACUGGAGCAAUGGACCAAUGCACCCAACAGCACCUUGAAUACAGCCUUACGACAUACCAUACAGCAACUGGCACAAUGGGCUUCUACUGCUGCCAUCAAUCCGAACCCGCCCAGCUACACACAUCGCCAGGUUUACGCAUCAUCAAGUACGCUAGGAGUAUAUCAAACCGUACGAGCGAUCAUAGACGAGGUUAAAGCACAGACGGAAGCUGGCAACGGUGCAGCCGCAUUGGACAUUAGUGUGUCGAUCAUCUGCGCGCCGACCGUUGAAGACAGCCCCAUACCGGUAGAUUGGAUAGGAAGCACGAUUCCUGCACCGGCGCCGCCACGUACUAGGAUGAAUCUGCGCGAGAUGUUGAAGAACGUGUUCGAUAACGCCGCCGCCUUGGUUGCGACAGAUCCUUCGAGUGCAGAAGCAAUCGUGCGUCUGCAUCGACGUGUGGAGGCACAACUCGCAUCGAUCGGCCAAGUAGGUCUUCAAGCACCAGUCAUAAGCCUCCCAAGUGUCAGUAUCAACGACAUACAAGCUCAAACCAUCUCAGACGACAUCAACAAGGCUAUGGAAGACGCAGCGAACGCUAGUCUUGCUAACGACCUGGAGAUACCAAACAUGGACAAGAAGGCCUUGGAGCGCAGCAUGGAAGAGCUCAGCGGUUCGGCAGGCUUGGAUCUGUCAGCCAUGGGUAUGGACACUGGCGACAACAUGGCAGGCGAUAUGAAUGCCAACCUAGGCGCCCUCCCGGAUCUCGGUCUGGGCGAUAUGAAUGGCAUGGGCAUGGACAUGGACAUGGACAUGAACAUGGGAGGAGGCGGUGACGACGAUUGGGGCUUGGAUUUCGACAACAUGUAGGACAUGCAGGAUGCAGACAUACAAGGUGCAGAGUGGGACUGGCACUUCAGGUGUUAGCAUGGCAUGGGACGAAGGGCAGGAUUAAUUUUCACAGAUCUUUUGAACGGGCCAGAUCCCUGGGUGUGAAUGUUAGGGAAACAUCAAGGGAGGAAGAACGCAGCUCAGCUGAGCUCUGCAUGCACAACUGUUGAGCAUUAAUACAGC